CGUCGCUUAUUGUCGGAGAGAGGGUGGGCACAGCAAUUAAUGCAAUAAUUCAUGCUCUUAUUAUUUUCUUCCACUUUAUUGUUAUUGCCUUUGCCCUUGGAAUGGCCUUCAUCCAUUAUGCUACUAUCCUUUGCAUUCAAUCCUUAAUCCUUACUAUCGGUGCAAAAACGAUAUUGCGUACUGUGUUUAGCGAUGCCAAACUAAACGUUACAAACGCGAUCUUUGCUGUGACAUUGAGUUGUUCGUGCACACUGUUCAUUUUGGUCUUUGCCGAGAUUACCGACAUUUCUACAGCAGCUGUACGCUCGUGCUUUUGGCAAUUCGACCUUCAUUUACUCUUGGUAUUGGUAGUGCUUCUCAUUCCCUGGUACCAAGUAUAUUCGUUUUUACGUCAGACGCGAGGUUGGCGGCAAAAGAUGUCACUUUAUUUUUCAUGCAUCUUGUGGGCAAUCUAUAUGUAUCUUUUCACCCGGCUAGGUUACACUCCAGCACCGGAGGCUCGAAUCGUGGUGGAUGGCUCAACCACCACCACUAUCGUUCUAUCUUGGGCAGAACUAUCGCUCUUUCGCGUAGCCAUUACAGGCAUCACGCUUAUUUCCGUCCUUUCGGGAUUUGGUGUGAUUCAUACACCCUAUUACAACUUGAGCAUCUUUAGAAAGCCCGUCAGCGAGCGUGAUUAUCGAUUUGCUCAAAAUGCUUAUGAACAGACAAUGUCAAUGAUAAGAGACAAGAAAUCGCAAUUAUCUCGAAUGACUCGAGAUCAGCAAACAAAGCCCACUGGCUUCGGUCGCAUUAUGUUUUUUGUUCAAGGACCCGAGCAGCGAGAAUAUGAUUUGCUGGAGAGCGAGAUACAGCAGCUGGAAAGUUUAUCAGAAACGAUGAAGGGUGAUCUAAACGAGCUUGCACGAGAACGGGCCAAGAGUCAAUUCGGACAAACAUGGAAAGGUCGGUUAUGGAUCCUGAUCAGUCACAUUUUCAGCUUUUACUGUAUCUACAAACUUGUUGUGACAACUGUCAACGUGGUAUUCCGUCGUGCUGGCACGAGUGAUCCCAUUACACGGAUGCUGUCACUGCUUAUCAGUCAUUUUGGUAUAUCGGAUACCGCCUUUUGGGCGCAACAGCUCAGUUUCUGGUUUGCAGGCAUCAUUGUGUUUGGAUCUGUACGUGGGUUCUUUCAGCUUUUGACCAAAAUUCUUCGGUCUUUUUCCCAACGAGUGGUUGUUCCCAAAAACAAUGUUGUUUUAUUCGUUGCGCAUAUGAUGGGCAUGUAUUUCUUAAGUUCUGUUUUGAUGAUGCAAAGCACUUUGCCUCCCGAAUACAGUCAUUUGAUAUCGUCGUCAUUGAGUCAAAUCGAGUUUGACUUUUUCCGGAGCUGGUCUGAUAUCAUUUUUGUCAUUUCUUGGCUGCUGGUAGCCGUGGUUCUCUACGUUCUGCAUCAAACAAAUGAUGCCCGCCAACUCGCAACCGAUUUUGCUGAUGUACAGCUCAUGUCGGUCGAAAGUGGUAGUGGCAAUAUGUUGUAAAGUAUGUAGAAAAUAUUAAUAAAAGGAUAGUACAUAGUCGAUAUUGUAUGUAUGUGCUUUUAUAUCGC